GCCAGGGAAUGCUCUGCACCUCUCUGCUAGUGGGAAGCGGAGAGGCAGGCAGAGUUGCUUAGUUGGACUGUAGGCAUGAGUACAAUUAAGAGGUGGGCGUCUCCGUACCCUUUGCAGCCCUCGAGGACUGAAGUGGUCUGAAAGAGUUACCUGGCAUUCGUGUUCUGCCUAAAGAAGCUCAGAGUCGCCUCAAAUGCGAAUAGACUGAAGAGCAAACGUCGGGGAUUAUUAUGCCGAUUUUCCAAGGAACGGGGUUUGCACCGCUGAAUAGAAGAAAAGGCUGGUUCCUCAGGUGUCCCGACAGCAUUUGAGACCUCAGGAUUGCCCAAAUUGCCGUGGAUCAGCAACUUUCAUAUCGUACACCUUCCAAAGAAAAUAUUUUCUGUUCUCUGCGCUGUUCUUUUUCUACCAUCAAUACAAUUCCUGGUGUAGACUUCAAUCUCUUCAUUUAAAGUAUGCUUUAUAUUUUUGCCAAGUAUGAUCCCUAAUUGAAAAUUAAUUUUUGGUUUUGGAUGAAUCUGUGGAGCUCACGCUGUCAGAAGAAAGGGGGAACGAGACACAAUGAAAGAGAAGUCCAAAAAUGCUGCCCGGACUAGGAGGGAGAAGGAAAACAGUGAGUUUUAUGAACUGGCGAAAUUACUGCCUUUGCCCUCGGCUAUCACCUCACAGCUGGACAAAGCAUCCAUAAUCAGACUCACGACCAGCUAUCUCAAAAUGAGAGUGGUGUUCCCAGAAGGACUUGGCGAGGCGUGGGGCCACUCAAGUCGAACCAGUCCUUUGGAUAACGUUGGCCGUGAACUGGGCUCCCAUCUACUUCAGACCCUGGAUGGCUUCAUCUUUGUGGUGGCCCCAGAUGGGAAGAUCAUGUACAUCUCAGAGACAGCCUCAGUUCACCUGGGUCUUUCUCAGGUAGAGCUGACCGGAAACAGUAUUUACGAAUACAUCCACCCCGCAGACCACGACGAGAUGACCGCAGUUCUCACCGCCCACCAACCCUACCACUCUCACUUCGUACAGGAGUAUGAGAUCGAGCGCUCCUUCUUCCUAAGGAUGAAGUGCGUCUUGGCCAAGCGGAACGCUGGCCUCACCUGCGGCGGCUACAAGGUCAUUCACUGCAGUGGCUACCUGAAGAUCCGCCAGUACAGCUUGGACAUGUCCCCCUUUGACGGCUGUUACCAGAAUGUGGGCCUUGUGGCCGUGGGUCACUCGCUGCCUCCUAGCGCUGUCACAGAGAUCAAGCUGCACAGUAACAUGUUCAUGUUUCGAGCCAGCCUGGACAUGAAGCUCAUCUUUCUGGACUCUAGGGUGGCGGAGCUUACGGGGUACGAACCUCAGGACCUGAUUGAGAAGACCUUGUACCACCACGUGCAUGGCUGCGACACCUUCCACCUGCGCUGCGCGCACCACCUGCUGCUGGUGAAGGGGCAGGUGACCACAAAGUACUACAGGUUCCUGGCGAAGCACGGCGGCUGGGUUUGGGUGCAGAGUUACGCGACGAUCGUGCACAACAGCCGCUCAUCCAGGCCACACUGCAUUGUCAGCGUUAACUACGUCCUCACAGACACUGAGUACAAAGGGCUCCAACUCUCCCUGGAUCAGAUCUCAGCCUCCAAGCCAGCCUUCUCCUAUGCUAGCAGCUCCACCCCCACCUUGACUGACAACAGAAAGGGGGCCAAGUCAAGGCUCUCCAGCUCAAAGUCAAAAUCCAGGACUUCCCCAUAUCCUCAGUAUUCGGGAUUUCACACGGAAAGAUCGGAAUCCGACCACGACAGCCAGUGGGGCGGCAGUCCCCUGACCGACACGGCCUCCCCGCAGCUCCUGGACCCCGACAGGCCGGGCUCGCAGCACGACGCGUCCUGCGCCUACCGGCAGUUCUCAGAUCGCAGCGCUCUCUGCUACGGCUUCUCGCUCGACCACUCCAGGCUGGUGGAGGAGAGGCAUUUCCAUACCCAGGCCUGCGAGGGAGGGCGGUGUGAGGCAGGCAGGUACUUCCUGGGAACGCCGCAGGCCGGGAGGGAGCCCUGGUGGGGCUCUCGCGCAGCCCUGCCCCUGACCAAGGCCUCCCCCGAGAGCAGAGAAGCCUAUGAGAACAGCAUGCCGCACAUCGCUUCCAUCCACAGGAUCCACGGGCGAGGUCAUUGGGAUGAAGAUAGUGUGGUCAGCUCUCCAGACCCUGGGUCAGCCAGUGAAUCAGGUGAUCGAUAUCGCACUGAGCAGUAUCAAAGCAGCCCCCAUGAACCUAGCAAAAUUGAAACUCUGAUAAGAGCCACCCAGCAAAUGAUUAAAGAAGAAGAGAAUAGAUUGCAGCUACGGAAAGCACCCCCUGACCAAUUGGCUUCCAUUAACGGAGCUGGGAAAAAACACUCCCUCUGUUUUGCAAACUACCAACAGCCUCCACCGACAGGUGAAGUUUGCCAUGGCUCUGCUCUUUCCAACACUUCACCAUGUGACCACCUCCAACAGAGAGAAGGAAAGAUGCUGAGCCCCCAUGAAAAUGACUAUGACAACAGUCCCACUGCACUGUCUCGGAUAAGUAGUCCCAAUUCUGAUCGCAUUUCAAAAUCCAGUUUGAUCCUAGCUAAAGACUAUCUACAUUCAGAUAUGUCUCCUCAUCAGACAGCGGGGGACCAUCCUGCUGUCUCUCCAAACUGCUUUGGCUCUCACCGGCAGUAUUUUGAUAAGCAUGCUUACACAUUAACUGGAUAUGCCCUGGAGCACUUAUAUGACAGUGAAACCAUUAGAAACUAUUCCUUGGGCUGUAAUGGCUCACACUUUGAUGUAACUUCCCAUCUAAGGAUGCAGCCAGACCCAGCACAAGGACACAAGGGAACAUCUGUUAUAAUAACCAAUGGAAGCUGAUGUUUUUCUAAAAUAUUUUUUUCUUCAAGGGUCUCUGAAACAUAUUUAUAGUUUAAUGCCCCAUUACCAGCAUUUAGUAUGCCACAGAUUGUUAGAGGAUAAUUUAAGUUACUGGGUAUUUGACAUGUGUUUCUGCAAAAUCAAAGAAAACAUAACAUUAGCAUUCAGGAUUAUACACGGAUAAUGGAGCUGAAGUCAAUACAAAAAUUGCCCCUCUAAUUAUAUGGGAACCAGAAUAUAUACAUUUUUGAAUCAAAAAAUAUGCAUGUAAAUCAACUAGUACAGACCACAUCAAAGGGCUGAUGAAUUGACAACACUGUAUUGUGAUGAUCCAGUGACACUCAUAGCCACAGACCACCCUUUACAAACUGCUGUGUCUACUUUACAUGUAGAAAUGGAGAAUAUACCCCAUAAAUAUACCAAAAUGGGUACAUUUCCUUAACUCUACCACAUCAAGCUUCUGAAAGAAAUUUCCAUUCCCAAAAUAACUGGAAAGAAAGAGCUACAUCUUGUAAACUGAUUUCUUUGUGGUUUCAAACCAGUCAGCUCAUUUGGUUCAGGCAUAAAUUAGAGAAAUGGUUCUGGCUGUGGUGCAAGAAUGAGUGUUCACCUAGUAUCCAUUAGAAGCAAUCAGGAAGUGGUGAUUUUUCACCUUGCUUUUGAGUUAGACAAGGACCAGAAGUGUACUGGCAUAGCAGUGCAGGUUUUUCUAAGUAAUGGCAUUGAGAUGUUGGGAGGCACAUCAAAAAUGUGGUGUGUUCAAUAGGAAGUAGUUUAGUGAUGGAAAGGCCAGAGGCAGAGCAGAAUGAAAUUAUAUCUCAAAAAAAAAAAAAAAAUUUAAGGCUCAGAAUAGUAAAACCACAUAUUUGGGGCUUCCUUAUAAAACCAACCAAAUAAAAAAUUCAAACCAAUUCACCAAGAAAAAAAGGCUGAUAAGUGCAAAAAUAACUGAGGAAAACCAGUGAAGUGCUACAUGACAGCAGUCUAAGUGUUUGAAAGCAUUUCAAAGCACAGAUGUGCCAAUGUGUCAGCAUAUGGAAAGCCUCAGGAGAGAAUCUAAGAUAAAAGCUUAGGCAGAUAGACAAGUGGUUAACAGGGCCAGAGGAGUACUCCAUCUGAAGGAAUAGACACAAAUACUCAUUUUCCUUAUUAUUUGUAAACAACAAAAAUAAUAAACUUGCCCUCACCUCUGUGUGGUCUAGUAGAAAGACCAAUGGACUAGAUGCAGAGAUCUGGCUUUGGGUUCUGACCCUGCCUGUAACUUAAUUUUGUGACUAUAAAUGCAUUCCUCACCAUGCCUGAGCCCCCGUUUCCUGGUCUGUAAGGCAACUUCAAUGUUCCAUGAUUCUGUGGUUCAUUGAGGCAGCAGAACAGAACUUGUGAAGUAGUUAACUCUCUGCUGUGAGUUAUCAGGACCGAUCAUUCUGGUUUUUCUGCACAUGUGCAGAGGCCUAAAAGCUUUGUGACUUAAGCAGGUAUAUGGGGUCUCUGGGGCAGGUAGUUACAGUCAACUUUUUUUUUCUUUUUUUUUUUUUUAGAUUCAGCCAAAACAUAGAUGGUAGAAAUUUAUGAGGGGGAAGAAAUAUAGCAAGAUUUUUAAAAAUGCACUGUUCUUUAAUAUUCAAAGCAAAGUGACAGAAGUGAUUAGAGAAGUUUCAUAGGUAAUAUUUCAUAGAAGUCUCAUGUGUUUAACUCUUGCCAAAUCCGAGGAGGGGAAUGUACUGAAGGAACUUAUAAGUUUGAAAACAGAACAUGGCAUUGGACGCUCAGGGAUUAAAACUAUAUUUUCAUCAUUUAAUAGUUAUUUGGCAGUCCACUGGUUGGUGACAAUCUGAAUGAUAAUUUGAGAGACAAAUACUGAGCUGUUUGUACAUGAGAGAAGAGGCUACAUGAAAUGAAGUAACUAUUUCUUGGAUAUGACAGCAACAUUGGCCAAUGUAAAUGAAAAAAAAAGGUUUAAGUAAGUGAGAAAAGUGGUGUUUAUCAUAUACACUUUAAAAAUGUUCAAAGUACAAUAAAAGUUAAAUUCAAAACUAUAUAAGAAAAAGCAUUCAGUAAUUCUGAGAAAGUUAUUUUCGAGAAGCCCCUGGAAUAUUUAAAAUGGAUUAUGAUCAAUUGGUAUGUGAAAAAAGGAUUUAGGAAUGCUAAAGGUUUUGCAGAAUUCUGUAGGAUAUAUGUUUCAAAGAAACAAAUAUUGGGAAAAUGUGGCAGAUUUUGGAAAGGAAAUCUAUACAGAUGGUUUCUACUGAUGGAUAUAUAUUCUUCCAAAUGAGUCAAGGACAGAUAUUGUCAGAGAAAUGGCUACUUAAGAACCAAGGAAAAUGAACUGAUACUAAUGCAAAGACUGUCAUUAUAGGGAUUUCAGUGGAAUUUUUAUAUGGAGGAUAAUUGAUUAGUGGAAGGAAUAAAUUAUGAACUGAGAAGAUGGGGGGAUAAUCAUGAGAAAUCAUGCUUCUUAAAAUGAUAUGGCAAAUAUUUUAAAAGGAAGCAAAAUUAACUAAAUUACAUUUUGGUUAAAAUUUUGGAUAGAUUGGCCCAGAUUUAAAUAUAUAACCAUCUAUUUAAUUUCCUGAAGGAAAAUUUUAUAGUAGCAAUUGUUUUACUUUACAUAUAACAACUUACAGGCUCAUAGUAUUAUAUGACUUUCUUUUGUUGCAAUAUGGUAUGAUAAUAUAAAAUGACCCAAAGCAAGUUGACAUUAUAUGAAAAGGCAACUUUUUACUAUUUAUAUGCAUAUGUAAAAAUGUAUUUAUCUACAUUAUAAAUGUGUGCAGGAACAUAUUUCCAUAUAAGGAAGAUAUCAUCUGCAUCUUUUAAAAACAUAGGAUGUAAAAUAAAUGUUCCCAAUAACUUAAUCAGUUCAAAUUGAAAUUAAAUUGGCUUUAAUUUUAAUCCUUGAUUUCUAUAACUUUGCUACAAUGCUGAAAACCAUGAAAUUUGAUUGAAAUAUAGACAGAAGGAUGCUUUUUAACAUCAUUUUGGGGAAAUUCAUAAACAUGUACUAUAAUACUGCUACAGUAUGUAAUAAUUCAUUAGAUGAUGCAAAGCUCAUGCUUUAUAGUGACAGCAAGAAUACCUUUACUGCCCAAUUUACCUGUUUUUGAGCAAUUAAAAAAUCUGGGUAACCAAAGAGAUAAAUAAUUAUUUCCCCAAUAUUUCUUGGGGGAAUUCUGUUAAAAUUAUUGUUGAGAAUAUAUAAUGUGUUAUUUUGGGAUGCAUAAGAUUAAGGUCACAGACACCACUACAGGUCAGACAUUAGGUGUGCUUCAGCUCCACAAGUUUUUUUUUUUUUUUUUUUGAUAUAAUGUGUUGAAUCUAAUGUGCUAGCUUUUCUAAUUGCCUGAUACAAGAUGAUGUAAUAGUGCUGAUGUGAUAUUCAAAAUGAGACAGGAUGCAAUAAAUGAUUUGCCUUCAGCAUUUAUACAGAAAAACCACUUACUACUUCCUGAUUGUAUUUCACAGAGCUAAAAUAUUUCCACUGGGUACUGUUCUUAAUUCUCUCUACACCCUGCUGCCACAUGCUGCCUUUGGGCAGAGAAUCCCACUUAAAAUAAGUUUUAAUGGGAUCUUGUAGAAAAGGAUGACAUACUCCAUUUUUCUUUCUUUCUUUUUUUUUUUUUUAAUGGAAGGUGAGGAUUGAUUCUAAUGCAAGAUUAUUGGAAAAUAUGCAUAGAUAUUUUAAAAUACAAUACAAUGAAAGACUUCUGCCCCCAAGAUCUAGACCAAAUAAGUUUGCUAGAAGAUGGUACAGCUAAAUAGAGACACUCUGAAUACAGAUUUGAUAUUUGAAGGCUCUCUCCUCUCUUUCACUUUGAAGAGCAUGACAUUACUAAGAUAUUCAGUGCAAUGUAUUAGCACUAGUAGUAAUGGGAAAUGACAGAGUGAAUGCUGAUAUUUGGAAAACUGAGUAUCUGACCAUUUUGGGAUCACUAACCUUGUCUAGGGAAAUAACUUACACUUUAAUACAGUCGUUCUGAUUUAAAAAGUUCAAAUACCCAGAUCUGGCUCCCUAGUUCACUCAAACCAUAGAUGUAGACAUACAUUUAAUUUUACUUAAUAAAGAAUGUAAAUCCUGCAGUUCUCCAAAUAAGUGGAUUCAACUUUUAUGUAAAUGUCAAGGUUUUGUGAAUAGGGGUUUAAGUUUAAGCAAAAUCUAUUGGGUAGUUCUUACUGUGAAACAUAUUGUGGAUAAAACAUCAUUCCAAAUUUUAAAAGAGGAUAGAACAGCGAUGGACACAGGCAAAAGGUAUCAUACAUAGAAAAUAUUUUGGGGAAAAGUUUUGUGUGGUGCUCAGUUUUUGUGCACAAAGGUUGUACGGGUAGUGCUUAAUCUCAAAAGGUGAGAUUGUUCUCAUUUCCAAAUACGUGUUUGCUCAGAGUUCUAUCUCUAAGACUUCACGCAGAAAGGGGACACACACACACACACACACACACACAACACAACAUAGAGUUCUGUCACUUAAGACUAUAUGCAGAAAUGAUACAUACCACAGAAAGAAAAGUAUGAUUUUUGUAUCACUUUUGGUAUUAAAAAAUGUGCCAUAUCCAAUCAUGUGUGUGUAUGUGUGUGUGUAUAUAUAUGUAUGUAUACAUACAUAUAUAUGAUGGAUCACACAAGAAAUCCUGAUUGAUGAUUUUAAACCAAACAUUUGUAGUUUUAUUUAUUGCUAUUUUGAUUUUGCUGCAUGAGAGACUUGGCUUUCAUAAACCUAGAUGGGAGGAGUUUAUCCCAAUUUGCUGAUUUGGGACAAGUUUAAUCACAGUUAAAUUUAUACCCAUUAAUCCUGAUGUGUUUACAUUUUGAAAAAAAUGAAAUUGGCAUGAAAAAAAAUUAGAAGUACUGUAACUUUUUUGUUAUUUUUCCCAAAGGGAAAUAUUUCAAAAAAUGAAACAUAUGAAUAGGCACUUCAAAAAAGAUUAAAUAUUUUGUUUGUUUUUUGACUGACAUGCUACAGAAAGGAUUAUAUUUGUGAGAAGAUGCUAACUGCCACUAUUCCAAAUACCAUCUUGCAAUGUAUAGUUUUUAGUGAUAUUGUAGUAUAAAGCUGUAAUUUGAACUUUUACUUUGGAAUGUAAAGUAGAAAAUAUUAGCUAUGUCAAUGAUAUCUUGCAAAGUGUUCCCAUUUAUAAUUAUUUAUAUUGUAAAUAGCUUUCUGAAGUAAAUUUGAAGUUAAUUGUGCAUAAAAUGUAUUUAUUAUGUGAGGAAUUUUUUGUUUUAAAAUAUAGUUACCAAUAUACAA